UCCCUACACUAGGCUCUAGCACUCGAGUCUUGGCAGAGUUCAUGCUUCAGCAGCGAUAAGAUUCGUCUUCUUAUGGCGGUUUCUCUUCCUCCAUUGUCGAUGUUGUUCGUCUUCUUUGUCUUCUACGAGGUUGUUUCAUUUCGUAUAACCAGCACACCAAGAUUCGAUGAGCUCUUUCAGCCGAGUUGGGCUCUUGAUCAUUUCAUCUUCGAAGGAGAGCAGGUUAAGCUGAAGCUCGAUAACUAUUCUGGUGCUGGUUUUGGUUCUAAAAUCAAGUAUCUGUUUGGUAAAACAACGAUUCGGAUCAAGCUCGUCGGAGGAGAUUCUGCUGGAACUGUUACUGCUUUCUAUAUGUCGUCUGACGGUGCAAAUCAUAAUGAGUUCGACUUCGAGUUCCUGGGGAACACGACCGGCGAGCCCUAUCUGGUCCAGACCAACGUGUACGUGAACGGCGUGGGCAACCGGGAACAGCGAUUGAACCUCUGGUUCGAUCCUACCAAGGAUUUCCAUUCUUAUUCCAUCCUCUGGAACCAGCGUCAAGUUGUGUUUCUGGUGGACGAAACGCCGGUACGCGUGUUCACAAACAAAGAGAAACAGGGGAUACCAUUCCCCAAGGACCAGCCAAUGGGUGUUUAUAACUCAAUAUGGAACGCCGAUGACUGGGCCACCCAGGGUGGCCGAGUGAAAACAAAUUGGACCCACGCUCCGUUCGUCGCCUCUUACACGGGAUUCGAGAUCGACGCUUGUGAGUGUCCGCUGUCAAUGGCGGCCGAUGAGAGCGCUCGGAGAUGCAGUUCGAGUGAGAAGAAGUACUGGUGGGAUCAGCCGGUGAUGUUAGAUCUGAACCCGCACCAAAGCCAUCAGCUGCUGUGGGUCCGAGCCAACCACCUCGUCUACGACUAUUGCACGGACGCUAGUAGGUUUCCAGUUACUCCUCCCGAGUGCGACCACCGUCACCACCCGUGAUUCAUAUUCUUCUUACUCGUCGUUCUUUACUGUUUCUGUGUAAAAACUAAAAAGCAGGACGUAGGUGAAGGUGAUGAUAAACAUGAAUUCCAUGUCCCCCCUCGCCCCUACAGCAAUGUAAAUAAGGAACUAGUGGAAAUCAAAAUAGAAGGCAUGAGUGGGUGGACCGGUGGACCCGCUACGGCUUACCUCAA